CAGAUUCAAAAUGCUAAAAGCCAAAAACCCUAUUAUCAUUAUGCUUGUUCCUCCUUGUGACGCCGCCUCAAAAAAUCCCAAUCUCAACUGACAUAAAGAUGGUGUCGGCUUCCAUAAAAUCUCAAACUUUCAAUACGGUUAUGUUUAGAUUUUAUUCUAACAUUUUGUAGUUUGUAAAAUUUAGAUCAACUUGUGGUGUGUUUGUUAAAAAAUCCAGUUGCUAACGUCGAUUUUAAAAUUUUUUUGUUAUUUGAUUUGCCCUGAAAUAGUUUUUGAAGUCCGUGUAUUAGAGCUUCACUCUAUUUGAAUUCAUGCUGCUCUGAUUUGAGUUUGAGACCUUUCGACACUCGCUCGGAUCAGCCUUACCUCGCUUUUACUUUUCUUCUUUGCUUCUUUGUUCAUAUUUAUCUGGUCAAGGCUUUUUCUUCUUUUUUUUUUUUUUUUUAAAUUUUGUUUAGAGUUUCUGUUAUCCAAUUUGUUUCGGUAUUUGUCCAUAACUGAUUGUAACUUUUUAAAGUAUGGCUAGAAAAUAUAGUGAAUCGAGUGACGAUAAUUCGGGAGAUGCGAGUGACGGGCAUCGUAAUCGACACAAAAGGCAUUCUAGGUCAGAUAGGGAAAAGGGAAGACUUGAAAGAGAAAGAAAUCAUGAUGAUAAUGAGGAGAAUCGGCGGAGAGAGCAUCCUACAUCUUCUGAUGAAGAAGACAAGCGUGCCAAUAUAGAUACGAGGCGAGAUAAAGUGAGAAUUCAUGAUGAUGAUGAUUACGAUGGUAGGGAUAGGUGGAGAGGACAUUCUAGAUCUUCUGAUGAAGAAGAAGACAAGCUUGCCUAUAGGGACAGAAGGCGUGAAAGAGAAAGUAGACAUGGUGAUGAUGCUAAGACUAGGCGGAGAGAUGCAAUGGAUGAAAAUUCCCAACGGUCUGAUGGAUCAGAAGAAGAGAAACGGUCCAAGAGAGAUAGGAGGGGAGAAAGGGAUAGAAGUAAUAGGCGUGACAUUGGACAUAGCGAUAGGCAUAAUGAUAGACGAUGGAGAUCUGAAGAAGAUAGGUAUAGACAUAGGGAUGGACGUCGUCAUUCACGGCAUGAUUCGGAGGAUGAUGAGGAUCAUAGAAGAAGGUACCACAAAAGUCCAGAACACGAGAAUAGAAGUGAGAGGAGAGACAAUGAUAUUAAGCCAAGCCGCAGAAACAGAGAUGAUAAUAGUUUGAAGGAGAAAGAGGAAGGAGAUGUCAAGCAGAAACAAUCAGCUUUGCAACAAAUCAACUUGAAUGGUGAUACGGCGAAUUUGGGUAGGAGUGGAGGUGUUUAUAUUCCUCCAUUUAAAUUAGCAAGAAUGAUGAAAGAGACACAGGAUAAGAGCAGCGUUGAGUAUCAGCGAUUAACAUGGGAUGCCCUUAGAAAAAGUAUCAAUGGGCUUGUUAACAAAGUCAAUGCUACUAAUAUAAAGAAUAUUAUCCCCGAACUCUUUGCAGAGAAUCUUAUACGAGGAAGGGGUCUCUUUUGUCGUUCGUGUAUGAAAUCUCAGAUGGCAUCUCCAGGUUUCACAGAUGUUUUUGCUGCAUUGGUAGCUGUUGUUAACACCAAGUUUCCUGAGGUGGGGGAUUUAUUGUUGAGAAGGAUUGUUUUGCAGCUUAAGAGAGCAUAUAAGCGGAAUGACAAGCCUCAAUUAUUAGCUGCUGUUAAAUUUAUAGCACAUCUUGUGAACCAGCAAGUGGCUCACGAGAUUAUUGCUUUGGAACUGCUCACUGUUUUGCUGGAGAACCCUACUGAUGACAGUGUUGAGGUGGCUGUUGGUUUUGUUACCGAGUGUGGUUCAUUACUUCAGGAUCUUUCACCGAAAGGCCUCCAUGGUAUUUUUGAGCGUUUUCGGGGGAUUCUUCACGAGGGAGAGAUAGAUAAACGCGUUCAAUUUCUGAUAGAGGGCUUAUUUGCCGUAAGGAAAGCCAAGUUUCAGGGGUACCCUGCUGUUCGUCCAGAACUAGACCUUGUUGAGCAGGAGGACCAAUUAACUCAUGAGAUAUCUCUCCAAGAUGAGAUAGAUCCAGAGAUCACCCUUGACAUUUUUAAACCAGAUACUCAAUUCUUGGAGAAUGAAAAGCGCUAUGAAGAGUUGAAGAAAACCAUCCUUGGUGAGGAAUCCGAGGAUGAAGAGGGUUCUGAUGCGGGUUCAGGUGAUGAGGAGGAUGAAGAGGAUGAUGAAUCUGAUGAGGAAGAUGAAGAGCAGAUGAAAAUAAAAGAUGAAACAGAGACAAAUCUUGUAAAUCUUCGGAGGACAAUCUACUUGACAAUCAUGUCCAGUGUAGAUUUUGAGGAGGCUGGCCACAAGCUGCUGAAAAUUAAGCUUGAGCCAGGGCAAGAGAUGGAGUUAUGCGUUAUGCUUUUGGAAUGCUGCAGUCAGGAGAGAACUUACCUUCGAUAUUAUGGUCUUCUGGGGCAGCGGUUUUGCAUGAUCAACAAAGUCUAUCAGGAAAAUUUUGACAAAUGCUUUGUUCAGCAGUAUUCUAUGAUUCAUCGUCUUGAAACAAACAAAUUGCGUAAUGUGGCAAAGUUUUUUGCACAUUUACUUGGUACAGAUGCUCUGCCUUGGCAUGUUCUAGCCUAUAUUCGCUUAACUGAGGAGGACACGACUUCUUCUUCCCGAAUAUUUAUCAAGAUUCUCUUCCAGGAACUGUCAGAGCAUCUCGGAAUUCGCAGACUGAAUGAGCGGCUCUCAGAUCCUACGAUGCAGGAUUCGUUUGAAUCCAUUUUCCCAAGGGAUAAUCCCAAAAACACGCGAUUUUCCAUUAACUUUUUCACUUCUAUUGGGCUUGGUGGUAUCACUGAAAAUUUGCGUGAGUAUUUGAAGAACAUGCCACGGCUUAUCAUGCAACAGCAGAAACCAGCAUCUGAGUUAGAAACAGAAUCAGAAUCUGGUGAUGAAUCUGGGAGCUCUAGUUCAUCUGAUUCAAAAAGUGCUAGUUCUGAGUCAGAGUCAGAUUCGUCAAGUUCUGAUGAAAGUGAAAGGCGCAGGAAGAAGAGGAGGAGAUGAGGUAGUUGGCCUUUUCACAGAGGAGUUUAGUUUUAGGCUUUUGCAUCUCUUAACUUCUUAUAUUUUUGGGUGGAUGGCCGUCCAACUUUUGACGUAUCCUGUUUAACUACUUCAACUUUUAACAUAACUGUAAUUUUCUAGAGACAUAUCCCAAAUGUAUAAAUUUUUAAAGGCAUUUGGAUCAUGGAAUCUAAGAUCUCUUUAAAAAUCGUAGUUUUUGACAUGAAUUUUAUGUUUGGAUUGCGAAAUUUAAAAUUGUUUUCUCUUAUUAGGAAUCUAAACGAUGUUAAGAAGGAA